CUGGGCAUGUGUACGCCAUGUCAUCAACUGACUGCCGGUCCCCCCCAGUCUGGGUGGGGUAAUGGUAUGAACAACACACCACACAACGACAGACAACAAAUACACACACACACGCAAUACACCAAUACCUACUACACCCACCCACCCCGCCCCCCCAUGGCCAUCCACCCGUCCACACGCGCAUCACCAGCUGUCGUCGUCCUGCACGGCGCCCUGCUCCUCGCCCUCAGGAUACACAAACGCCACACACGUCCUGGCCGCCUGCAGCAACUCAGCCAUUCCCGGCACACAAUACCUCGGCAAACACGCCGACAUCAUCUGCGGCUGACGAGCGGGAGGUGGAUGCAGCGCACGCAGCGACGGGCAGCAGUCGGGGUGGCACUCCGCUGGGGGGAAGGCACCGGGCGGGUCUGCGGGCAGGAACAGGGGCACGCUUGCCUCGGGCCUCUGCUGUUGCGGCAGGCCGGCCUUGGCACGCCAGUUGUCGACGGGAGUGAGUCUGAGGUCCUGGCAUUUGAUGUAUAGGGCGUGGAGGAUGUUGCGGCCCACUGGAGAGUCGCUCGCGACCGAUGGGUGAGUGGAGGGGGCCAACACCGCACACGCCAGCUGCAGGCAAUCGACAUACCACACAGAGAUGGAUGCACUGUGCUCAGCUCGUUGUCUUUCGCCUGCGUACGUCUUCAAUUUGGUCGACGAUGGUCAGGACUUGACGUGCGAUGUCCUCCAGCACCUCAACACACACCUGGUGAAGGGAUGCCGGCAGCUUGGGACCGCUGUUGACGAGAGAUGGGGAUGGGGCGCGGGGGGGCUCCUCUAAUGGGUCGUCAUCAUGUGGCUGUGGUGGGGGCUCGUCCACAUCCAUCGCCACCGCACCGUCACAACCAUCUGCACACACACAGAGCACAGCGCCCAGAUAGACGUGGAUACAGAUGUUUCCUGCAUGUUCUUCUGAAUCGUGCGCAUCAGGUACCUGCAUUGGCGUGUUCCUUGUCCUCGGCCUCUGGUGUGAUCGUGGGCGCUUCUUUUGAGAAGAAGUGGAACUCAAGCAGCAGGUACCGCAGCUGCACCAUCAGGUCGGUUAUCAAACCACACAACUCGGCGUCACCAUACCCACCGUCGCUGCACACACAUACACACACAGACGAACAGACAGACAUUGGUACAAGGCUUGUAUGCGCUUGUGUGUUGUGUGUAUACCUGAACGGUGUGGUUGCUGCCCUGACGACCGCCCUCCAUAUUCGCUGAUCGUCGAACAACCCCACACAGUAGCCGAAACGCUCGCUAUUCCACACCUGCACACACCACAUCACACACGCGGUUGCCGCCGGCCACAUGCACCUCCACCUCUGUUCUCUCUCACAAAUGAAAAACGGUCUUGAUCUCCCCUGUUGUCAUUGCUGGCCCCGUCCACAGGCAGCGGCACCGAGACGGUGGUCGACUCGUCGGUGAGUAUGAAGGUGUGCUGCCGCCCGUUGAGACGGAAGAACAGGGGGACGGGGCGGGGGGGACAGCUGGGCGUGGGGUCUGACGCAGCAGCGGCAGCAGCACCGGCAGCGGCAGCGGCUCGUUGGGUGAGCUCGCUGACGAUGGCCUGGUGGGUAGCCUGCACUUGAGACCUGACGCAUGUUUACACACGGACGGGGAAUGGGGUCUUUGGCGACUUCGACUCACUGGAGCGUUCUUACCUGACGGCGAUGGGUGACUGUGAGAAGUUGAUUCUUGCAACGAGGCCGCCGUCACGCUCCUCUACGCCAUCCAGACGGAUCGUGACCCUGCACACAACACGGCACAAACAGACACGACACAUAGCAGCCGUCCUCCCACCUUCCCUUCUUUCUUGUGUCGUCAGUCACCUGGGGCAUCGUGUGGUGGUGACCCAUGACUCAAACAUGUCCGCCAGCGACGCCUCCGUCACACCUGCAGGCAGCUGGUGGUCAUGUACCCGGCAGUGGUCCCGCAUGGCCCCCUGCAUGCACGCCACGAGGUCGGCCCUGGUGGUGGAGGCGUACUGGUGCCUCGCCAUCCACAGCUGGAAGGCCCUCAUCACCGCCUGCCGUGAGGUGAGGCCCUCGAUCGUCCUGAAGAUGCAGGCCGCCUUCCCAUAGGUGAUCAAAUUGAAGUGGCUGAUGAUCGAGUCAACACCAUCCAGCCCCUCCAGGGCCACGGGAUGCGUCGACCCCCUGUGUAUAUGCACGAGAAGGCAGAGAGACAGGCAGGGAGAGGCGUGUGCUACAUGAGGUGCCUUCCAUAUGACUGUCACUUCAGCGUACGUAGAGUCGUCCAGCAUGGCCUCGAAGAAGACCUCGAGCAGGAAGGUGACCCACACCCAGUUGCGGGCCGUCAGCUGCUCCUGCGGCGGGCGGCUGGCGGGGCUGCCGAACAGGAUGUCGUCGAGGGCCACAAAUUCCAGAUACCGCGCCACGCCCUCCUUCAGGAACAACUGCACGCAGCAAAAGGAAAGAGAGAGACGUGGAGGCUGGGGGAGACGGAGGGCUGUACGUGGUCACCUCGUCGAAUGUGUGUGGCGUGAGGCAGUCCCCGAACCACAUGUGCGACACCUCGUGACAGAUGAGGCGAGAAAUGCGCCUCCGACGCGACCAGCCCGUCAUCAGGUCGCUCACAGAAAAGAAACUGCAUCCCACAGCCAAACACCCACAGCCAACACACCAUGCAUUUCUGUCGCAUCUGCUCUCUGUGUGUGCAUCGCGCCGCCCACUCACUCUAUGUCGAAUGUGAUGCACCCGAAGUUCUCCAGGCCGAUCCCUCUGUGCGGCUUGAUGCCAAGCAGGUCCAGCUUGGAGAGGGCAUAUGGCACACCGCAGCCGUCGCCGAGACCACCGCCGAAAGUGUUCUCGAAGUAGCCAAACGCCGACAUGCCGACCUCAUGCGCAAACCGGAGACCCGACCCACGACCUGUUUGCGGCCAUCAGAGAGGGAGAGAGACAAAGCACCCACUGCAUUGCUGUCACACACGCCCAUAUGCCUUUUCGGUGUCUGUGGCUGACCGUGGGGCAUCCAUGCCGUAACAUCUACGGUCCUCCUGCCCUCCGCACACCCUGGCGUGUUGGCCGGGACGGGCACCUCCACGCGCCCACCCAAGGAGCCAAAAUGGCCGAUGUAGAACCCAUAGGCAUAGCACGGCAGCCUCGGAGUCGGCUCGAACACCACCACACGGUACUUGCCCUCGUACGCCGCUGUGCUGGUGCUCGUAUUGGUGAUGGACCGCCUUGCCAUGGCCUGCACACGUGGCGGAAUGGGCGGCGAGGAGCCGUCGGAACACGACUGGCGCUCCUCCUGGCGGUCGAUGUCGUGGCCGCUCCCCGUAUUUUGGCGUUUCACCUCGCUGCCCCUCUUGCCGUGCUGCUCGCCUGUUGACGCCCCCUCGACCCCACUGCCGCCCCUUCUCAGCAUCUGCUUGGCCUUGCCCCUCUCAUACAGCUGCUGCCACCUCGCGAGAACACCGCCCCCACCCUCUCUCCCCAGUCGAGACGUCCGCCGUUUCCUCUUUCUGCUGGCGAAACGGUCCUCGCCGGUAGGGGGGUCGAACAAGAGAGCGCAUACGUCGUCCGUGUCAUACGACCGGACGACUCGCGUGCAGGAGAUGGCCGUGGGGGCCGAUGUGACCGUCACACGGGUGGGUGGGGCAGGGGCGGGGGCGGGGAGGAGGGGUGCGUGGCCGCCUGCUCUGUGUGGGUGUGGUGGUGCUGAUGCCUGCCGUGGUCUGGCGUGGGUGUUGUGGUCGCUGGAUGAUGGCGAUGGCGACUCGGGGGAGGGUGAAGAGCCGCUGGGCGUGUUGAGUGACGGGACGAUGUGCGACGACGGGCUGGGCUUGCGAUGAGGGGCCCCAUGGGGAACAGUCGGCGAUGGUGUGGGCAGCGUCAACUCGAAGACUUCACACGGAUACGCCAACGUCAGCUCCAUCUCAACCUGGCAAACACACACACACAGAGAUGUACCUAAUGGAAGGGCAGGAAGGACCAUUGGUCAAUCAAUCCCCUACCUUGUGGUGCGGCUCGUCGAAGCACGGGAAGAGGCGCCUGCAGAAGAUGGGCUCCAGCGAUGUGGCCACACCCCACACCGUCCGCCGCGAGUUGGAUCUCCUGGCAGUCUGCUCCAGCACCGGGAGCCCCCACUCGUCAACAGACAGCGGCCCCAUCCCCCAGGCCUCCAAGGCGGCAUCGAUGGACUCGACCAACGAGGGGCUGUCGCUGUUCAUGGCUGCCGCAGGGAGGGGCUGGGUGGGGGCGGACUCGGCUGACGAUGCUGCAGCAGGGGCGCUGGUGCUGGUGGUUGGGUGCGGCUCGAACGAUGACAGAUCAGCUCUGGACAUAGCACACGGGACAGAAGGCGUUGACACACACACACACACACACACACAUGAAUCUGGUGGUUGCUGUGUCCACACAUACAUGUGGUGGAAUGAAAAGAGUCCCUUGUUGUUGCUGAGGUCCUCCGACAGAUGCCCUACGGAAUCAUCCUCGCCGAUGCCGUCAAAGCUCAGCCACAAACGAUACCCGCCUGGCUGCCACACCGCAGCUGCACCAACACCCUCAGCAGCAUCGCACUCAUUCUCCUGCUGCAGGUAAAAGUCGACAGGACACACACCACGCCUGUCUUGUCGUGCCGUGUUUGCAAGUGUGUGUGCGUGGUGCUCUCACGGUAGUGGGCAUGACGGCGAGCACGUCCACAUCUGUGCUGCUGUUCCGUCCCUCCAGGACGACGGGCUGCCAUUCUGAGGCCGCUGUUGGCUGGCCAGCGUCCCGCGGCAGGAUGGAGCCCCGCCGCACGUGGAGGAACUCACGGUGCGCAUGGAGGAGAAUCACAGGACCCACCUGAUGCACACACAGACACAGAGAAGGGGAGAGAGAAAUCUGUGCGUCUGUGUGUGUGUGUGUGUGUGUGUUGCACACCCGUGUACUUACCCUCAGCACAGUGAUGUCUAUGACGACUUCUCCUGCGAAUCUGGGAGGCGGGCCGAGGUGCUCCAGCAACAACGUCACCUCAUACCUGCAGCCACACAGACAAGACACAUGCCAUGCGUAGAGGAUGCCGGCUGGCUGUGCCUUGGGCGUGUUUGUUGACCUGGUGGGCACCGCCUCGACGCCCCGUGCUGCCUCCUCUGGCGCAUCUGUUCCGUUUGUGAUGUGCAUGAGAGGCGGCCGGUCAAUGACGGAUGGCAGCUGCCCUACACCAAUGCAGCCGUCAACACUUCACAAGGAUACAAAGAUGCGUUCUGAUAGGAAAUCCGCUUCGGUUCGGGAGGUUGAAGUGUUUCACGGAGUCAGGUUUGUUGCAUGAGUGUUGGUUGAUUCAUUCCACUCAUGAGUCUAGAGUAGUCUAGAGCAUGUCGAUUGACGCAAACACGCACAAGCAUGCACACACACACACAUGGAUGGAUGGAUGGAUGGAUGGAUGCGGCAGUCAGGUUGGUAUGGAUAGCUGGCUGAGCCCAGGCGACGGAUCCAUCCACCGGCACGCAGGCACGGUCAGUCAUUGAAGUGAGAAGCGACGCCUUUCCUUCCUCUGCAGCAGCAGCAGCAAGUGACACGCCCAUCCCGACCGUACAUACGCACGCAGCCUCUUUCUGACUGUUGUCUGUCUGAGAGAUCGGCAAUUAAGGGACGUACCUGUCUGACCUGUGUUUCACUCAUCCACCCAUCCGCCCAGUCAUCGUCCUUCCACAAUGUCUGCUGCAGAGCGGCCAUGACACGAUCUGGUGUCAUGGGUGGCUCUGCGGCUGACGCCAUGCAAGGAGGCCAACUGGAGCAGAAAGGUCAAGCCCACAGCAGCAGCCAUCAGUCAUAGAAAGAAACUCAGUCAGUCAGUCAGUCAGUGUGGGACGGUCGAUGGGUCAAGCAUGAAGCGGACACUGAACCGCCGUGCGUGGUGUUCGUGAGGGACCCGUCGAAAAAGAGACGAACGCACAAAGGCUGUGGAUCGGAUCGGUAGACAGACAGACAGACAGAUGUUCGGAUGUACAAGUAGAAACAAGACAUCCCCCCCUGGUCCUUCCAGUCAGCCAGACGACACGUAAAGGCGAAAAACACUCAAUCGGUCUCCAUCUGAUCUGCUGCGCCAGCAUCCGCAGUCGCCCCAUCGGCACCGGUCAGCUGUGGUGGGCUGACAGGGCCAAUGGGGCAGCGUCGAGAAUGCCGUGCGCAUGCAGACGCAGGGUGGAACCAUCGAUUCAUGUUCCGCUCCAUACACACAUGGGUCACAUGUACACACAACACGCAGUCAAUCAGGCAGUCAGUCAGUCAGUCAGUCAUUGUGUCGGGUCUGAUCAAAUGAGGAUGCUGGGCUGGCUGGUUUCUCCUGGUCUGGUCUGGUUGGAGGCGGCUUGUGGCAGGAUACGGUGGCUUAAAACGCCACUUGUUUCUCACACACUUGAGCCAUCCAGGCACCCAGACAGGUAUCGUAUCGCACACAGCCGGGCAGACGAGAGGAGGAAGCAUACAUACAAUGGUGAGCAAAAAGAGAGCGAGGCGUGUAGCUGUGUUCUGGUUUUGUCCUCGGGCGAGUGCGUAUCCAUGCCAUUCAUCCCCUUGUGUAGUGUCCACCCUCAUCCGUCCAUUCCAUCAACCAUCACUGCGGUGCGUACGCCCUACAUCCGACGAUCCGCUCUGUCUGGUCGUGAGCUACACCCUCGUCUACCUGUGUGCACUGCACCGUGCCCUCUGGCUAUCUCCUUGUGGCCGGGAUCAAGCACCUCUCUGUCUGUCUGUCUGUCUGUCUGUCGGCGCAAACACAGCGAACAAACUACAUGUUCACCUGCCUACCCGCCACGCCCGCCCGCCCGCCCGCUUGGGAACACUCUCACACGCAUUCAUUCGUACAAAGGAGAGAUGAAAAACGUGGGCAACACAACACAUACAUCACACAGCUCAUUCAAGAAGAAACAACACAGAUAGGUCGAGGCAGGUAGACAGGCAAUGAGGCGGGCGGUGAGCGACUGGUGUUGUGUUUGAAACAAAUGGAGGCGAGCCGGUGGCAGCCAGAUCCACACACCACACAGACACACGCACAGACAGCAAGUAUAUGUAAGUAGCAAGUGAGGCCGUCCAGUCAGUCUCCCGCCCCCAUCGAUUGUUCAAACGAGCUAUGCAGCCUAGCCCUCAGCAGCCGCCAUACCCCUCACCCACCACACCACCGCAUGGGGCAGCCGUGGGCGGGGGGAUGGCAGAGCUGGCCUCUGGCCACUUUCAGACGUCGUGAUGACAUGGGAUGGAGGGCGGUCGACGGACGGCAGGCGGAGUAGAG